AUGUCGGGUACUCUCUGUGAUAUUAGACUUGAGUGGAACGAUCUCCAAAAAGUUAAGCGAUAUAUUCAUGAAAAAGUCAAGUUCUUUUUCAGAUCGAAAAUUACUUUGAUGACUUGCUAAGAACCGUCCGCGUUAGUGAAAUCGAACGAGCCGUUUUUAUAAUUGGAAGAGAUGAAGACGUAUUACACUUUUUACUGAUCAGAUUGAAAAAGAACUUUUGAGGGAAUUUAUCUCAAACUGAAAUUCAUUCCUAUCGUGCAGCCGUUCUCCGACACUUUGAACGACAAAGCGGUACGAAAUUUCAAUAAGUCAAGUUUGGAAAAAAAAAUCUUUCGGAGCGGAUUGAUUUUUUACUUCAUUAACACUAACAUGUUCUAGUGCAUAACAAACUUGGAGUACGACCAGGACGAACUAUACUGCUACAACGUUGAAUACGAGCAGCACGCGGAAAAAUUGAACAAGGCGUCGAUUGGGCUCCAAACUGGAAAACCUUACGCUAAAAAAAAAUUUUGA